AUGUCGAGAGCUGGACAAGCUGCCGGGAAGAAGGAGCUCCCUCCAGGUAUUCGUGCACGCUUCACGGAGAUCUUCGUAGACGAGGCAGUGCUGAGCGGCCGCUGUUGGAGUUCUUCACAGCUUCAUGGCCUAGAUCGCCGGUCUCGCAGCCCCAUGUCGGUCUCUCCGCCGAAGCCACGGCCGCUGCAAGCACACGAUCUGAAAUCCAAGGUCUUCGUCGUUCCCACAUGGUGCGAUAUUUGCAAAGGCGUACUGGUCGGCCAUGGCUUUGUCUGCGCAGGUCCUUGCCAGAUGAGGUGUCAUCGGGGACUCGGGGCCAACGGCGCCGAGAAUUGCAAAGCUGAGCUUCUCAUGAAGAAAUGCGAGGAGGUCGCCCAUGUCCAGGGACAGUACCAGUUUGGCGACGUUACGAAGCAGAUCUUCAGGAAUGAGAAACAGAGGAUCAAGGACCUGGUGGUGACAGAGUUUGUGAAGGAACAAGCGAGUUUCGGAAAGUUCGACAAGCUGAAAGCCUACUCAGAAGCUCUCCAGGAGUGGUGGGACGAAGAUCGGGUGGUUCGAUACAUGUUGCUAGCCAUUUUCUCGAUCGAGCUGGCGCUCCUCGUGAUCACUUACGGCUCAGUCUUUCUCUGUGCUUGGCCCGUCCACGGCGCAUCACGGGCGAGCCGAUUGGCCUGGCUGCAGGCGAUGUCCAACUGCACAUCGGCUGCCGUGUUCGAAGGAUUGCUGAUACUUCUGAUCCAUGUGCUCGCCACACAGCUCCUGGUCUACUCCGAUCUUGUACGCAGCUUUGUGCGUGAAAUACUGCAAAUAAAUCUCAGCGAACUACAGAUAGACGUGGGGAAAGCUGCUGAUGCUGUCACGAACAUCACAGUCCAUGGGCUUAAGACGACGGCUUGCGUCGCAUGCCUUGGGAUGGCGUUGUGGAUGAGGUCCGUCCAGCUGGUGUACGACAACAGCCAUCCAUGA